AUGCUACCACUGUUGUUGAGGAGUGCCAGGAUGCUCACGUUGGAUGAGAGGUGCCAGCAGAUUGGGAUUGAGCCAGAAGUCUGUCUCAAAUACACCAGCAGUGCACCAGAGGCACUGACGUGUGACGUGUAUCGUGGAUGCAACGAUAACACGAGUGUUGGAUCAGGGAAGAUCAAUGUUGUUGAUCUGUUGCGGAUUGUGAAGGAGAUCAAGGCAGGAAAGAAGGACGGUGAGAAGACUAAGAAGUGUGAGAGUGUGCCAGCAAGCACGGCUGGCCAGUGCACCUGUUCCAGUGCACCAAAUACCCAGUGCCACGACGUGACAGUCACGCGUGUCCAGUACUCGACAGUGAGCAUUGAUCGGCCUAUCACGCUCUACCGUGAGAUGACUACGACAGUGACACGUGUGCGACCAAUCACGAACUACAAAGUCACCACGUUCACUGAGACAGUGACAGAGAGUAGGAAGGAGGAUGAGAAGACGAAAACGAAGACAACGACGAGUGAUGAGGUGCCUAAGACAGUCACAGUCAGCCCAACAAGCAGCAAAACAAAACCAGUGGAGUCAUCCACAAGUUAUAGCUCAAUUCCACCUGUGACAGUGAAUGAGACUGUGACCAAAACAGUGACCAAAACAAACCCAGGCGAGACCACACCCCAAUCCACCCGCCCUAGUGCAGUCAGGCCAUCCAGCUGUGAGCCUGGUAAACUCAGCUGUGAUAAAACGUACAAUAUAAAACUAAGUAGGAAAGAAGUAGACAGACUCAUGCGGAAGAAGAAGCGAGUCAGAACGAGGACCAUCGUAAACACGGUCUACCGUAAGAAGCGUGGGGACGUGAGUGACGAGACGGUGACAACCACGGUCUACAAGUGA